AUUGCUCACUUGCUGGUGACACUGCUGCACACCUGCGGCUGGAGGGAGACCAUCAAGAGACGGCGACACCAGAACGGUGGACAGUGGUGGCCGCGGCCAGUGACAUGGAAACAAGUGUUUAAUUGGACAAGUGUGGACUGAACCAGGUGAGCAGCAGCUAUGCAGCCGUUCCCGUGCGCCGGCCGGCCGGACGGCCCGCGCGAAUCUUCGCCCGAGCGCGCCUGCUCGCCCGACACGCCCGCGCCGCCCGCGCCUUCAGCUCCCGCCGCGCCCGCCGCACCAGUCCUUAACUUCUCUAUCGCGCGGCUCAUGGAACCCGAUCGGAGGAAGUGCGCCUCGCCGGAGCCUCCGCCCGCGCCCCACUUCCUUUCGUACGGUGCACAGCUUCUAGACUCCGCAUUCAAGCAGUACAUCCCCGCGGCUCGCCGCCAACUCGCUGCGCACUACCCGCUGCUGUACUACGGGCCCGACCUCGUGUCGCUCACGUACGCGCAUCAGCUGCAGCUGCCUCGCCCGCCACCCGCACCCGCGCGCCGCCCGCCCAGCCCGCGCGUCGCACCCGAUCACGCGGUCUCCUCCACCACGGGUCCCGCGCCCUCGCCCUCGCCCGCCAAGAGCAAGAGUUUCGCGUGCGGCGACUGCGGCAAAGUGUUCAACGCACACUACAACCUGACGCGGCACAUGCCCGUGCACACCGGCGCGCGCCCCUUCGUCUGCAAGGUGUGCGGCAAGGGUUUCCGGCAGGCCUCCACGCUCUGCCGGCACAAGAUCAUCCACACCUCGGAGAAGCCGCACAAGUGCCUCACGUGCGGCAAGGCCUUCAACCGCUCCUCUACGCUCAAUACGCACGCGCGCAUCCACGCCGGCUACAAGCCCUUCGUCUGCGAGUUCUGCGGCAAGGGCUUCCACCAGAAGGGCAACUACAAGAACCACCGGCUGACGCACAGCGGCGAGAAAGCGUACAAGUGCAACAUCUGCAAUAAGGCCUUCCACCAGAUCUACAACCUGACCUUCCACAUGCACACGCACAACGAGCGCAAGCCCUUCACCUGCAGCAUCUGCGCCAAGGGCUUCUGCCGCAACUUCGACCUGAAGAAGCACACGCGCAAGCUGCACCUGGGGGCGGCGGGCACGCACAACGACUCCUCGCUGGACACGCAGGACGAGUCCACGCAGGAGGCGGCGGCCAGCCCGGCCCGCGGCGAGGACCGCGCGGCCUUCCGACCCUUCCUGGGCGCCGGGUACCCGCCGCUGCUGCAGCCCGCCGGGUUCUUUUCCAAGCUGUUGUGA